AGCCUCUAAUGUGAGUUUCUUCUGCUGCCGAUCUGCUCACAUACGUCGCCCUCUCCUUUUUCUUGUCGUCUCUGACGAGCUUCGAAAGAAGCAACGACGACCCACUUUUUGAAUUCACCUAUUAUCUUGUGAGGACCCUAUGGCCUACAGCCAGAAACAGCUGGAUGUGUACCGGCAGCUCAUUGCCCAAGGCGAGCCCUUCAAAAGCACCACGUGCCCCUACUGCAACGGGCAACGCGAUGCCACAGUGAAGCACCUCCACCCGAGCACGAAGCCGGCCGAUGCGUGGAGCUUCUGGAGAGACGUCCUCAUCAACAAGUACGCCUCCCUGCAGUCUGCCGCUGCGAUCAAAAACAUGGAGUCGACUGCAACCUUCGAGAAGGCCACACACAAUGCGGAAGAACAGAGCGAAGGUCACGUGCAUACGGCGAGUCUUCCUCGCAUGUUUGUCGUGGGCCCUAUGGUGGACCAGAGCGAGCUGCCCUUUCGCAUGCUGUGCCGAGCGUACGGGUCCACGCUGGCCUACACACCGAUGCUGCACGCCAAGAGCUUCGCGGAGGGCGCCGCCUACCGCAAGCACUUUUUCGCCACCACCCCUCCUGAGGAAGUGAAGGCGGCGAUGGAGAAGGCGAGCGCUGAAGCGGAGACGGCGGAGAAUUCGCAGGGCAGCAAUACCGCCGAGUUCUCGUCGGCAACGACAGCGGAGACGCAGCUGGCGGACCGCCCCUGCAUUGUGCAGUUUUGUGGCCACGACGCGGACACCGUCCUGGCAGCCGCGCGCUACGCCGUGCUGGGUGAAGGCGCAGACGCACAUCCCACGUACCCGGUGCGCGUCCGCAGGAGGAAGACGACUGGAGUCACAACAGCUAUAGAAGUAGAAGAGGGAGGAGAAGCGGAGACGGACGAUCAGUUGCUGUUCGGCUGCGACGCGGUGGACUUGAAUCUCGGCUGCCCACAAGGCAUUGCUCGCCGUGGCCACUACGGCUCAUUCCUCAUGGAGGACUGGGAGCUCAUCCACACCAUCAUUCACACUCUGCACGUGGAGCUGGAAGUGCCGGUGACGGCGAAGAUACGCGUGUUCGACCACCCCGGACACAGCGAAGCCGGCUCCGCCGAGACGCAGCUGAAGCAUGACUUCGAUGAGGCGCUGACCAUCCUGUACGCCCGCAUGAUACGGGACGCCGGGGCGCAGGUGCUCUGCGUGCAUGGCCGCACGCGGGACAUGAAAGGGCAGCAAACGAGCGUCGCGAACAUGGAGCUGAUCUGCCGGGUGCGCCGUGCCCUGCAGGGCAGCAUCCCCGUCAUCUCGAACGGCAACGUCUACACGUACGACGAUGUGCUGCGGCACCUGCGGGAUACACAGUGUGAGGGCCACAUGUGCGCGGAGCCACUGCUGUGGGACCCGACUCUGUUUAGCCACCCGAGUCAUCCGGUGAUGCCCGGACGCACCCACGGCGCGGACAAGGCUACUCGGCUGUCUGCCUUACACACCGCACUGGUGUACAUGCAGUGGGUGCGCCGCUACCCGGUGGACCUUGGCUUUGUGAAGGCGCAUCUGUUCAAGAUGUGUUUCCACAGCUAUGAGCUGCACACGGAAUUCCGCGAGGUGCUCGGCCAGCUGAAGACCAGCGCGUCAAGCAUAAAAGGCGCUGAGAACGGCGAAGCGCAGCCGGCCGGUACAGCGGCAUCUCAAAACGUAGACGCGACCAGAGCGCCCGUCAAGCGUAGUAACGCGGAAGUUUCUUCUCCGGACACCAGCCUCGACGAUGGAGCGGAAAGGGAAACGGAGGACGCACUCUUCAAGGAUUCAGAUUCCGCUUCAUCGACAGCCUUUGAGCAGCACGUGGGCGCAAUUGAGGCGCACCUGCGCGCACUACUGGAGGUGGAACAGCGGUCAUGUGUGGACGGGGAGCAGCCCAAGGUGGCGCAGGUAAAGAAAGCCAAGGCGAAGGAGGAAGUCGUGGAUGUCUGGGAGGCGGAGGGAGGCCUGGGCAUCAACUUCUAA